UUAAUUUUGAAAAUUAACGAAUAAACCGAACUCAGUGAACCUUAUUUAUUGAAAAGUAAAACUGGACUGUGGUGUCCAAACUUUCAUUUGAAUUUCAAUUGGAGUUUGGAGCUGCUGUUUAUUUGACUGAUGAACUUUCUAGAUAUAAAUAUUAUGGAGGAAGUGAAUACGAAAAUGGUUACCAGUUUCCUGCAUGCCAGAGAUAAAAGUAUAUUAGCUUUUAACAGAGCCGAAUUGAAGAAUGUAAAAGUGAAUUUAGAAAAUAUCAUCGAUGAAAAUAGUGAAGUUACUAAUAAUAUACAAAGCUCUGAUCAGGAGGACAAAAGUAUAAGAGUGUAUUUAAGAUUGAAAGGUGGUGUGCCUUAUGAAGAUUUGUAUCAGAUAGACGGAGAUUGUUUAACUUGCAAAGUACCAGAGGGAUCUUACAGUACUAGAAAUCUCAGGUAUGGUGAAUCUAUAACAAGGACUUAUGGUUUCACGAAAAUCUUUGGCCCGGAUGUAACACAGAUUGACAUUUUCAACAAUAUUGUGAAAGCAAGGUUAUUGGGAUUUAUCAAUGGAAGAAAUUCUACACUUUUCACUUAUGGAGCCUCAGGAUCAGGUAAAACAUUCACCAUUGUUGGUACCCCAGAAGAACCAGGUUUGAUCCCCAGGGCACUGGAAUAUAUAUUCAGGACAUUACCAGAUCUUGACGAUAAACCCAAAGUUAAACCAUUAUCCAAUGGAACAACACAAGAACUUGAUGCAAAUCUACUACGCAUUGAAAAGUACAACAAAUCUGCUGUCUUAAAUGCUACCUUGAUAGACAAAACAGUUCAUGUCAAAACAUACAGACAAAUGCAAGAACGGCUGAGUUCUGAACCAGUAGCGGAAAUCGUAGACAUACCCAACGUUUCAGUAAGCAUAUGGGUCAGUUUCGCAGAAAUUUACAAUGAAAAUAUCCACGAUUUGCUGGUAUCACAUCCCAAGGGAAAACAAAGGCCCAAACUGGCUCUGGGCAAUUCCAACGACCAAAUCUACAUAAAAAAUUUGACUUCGGUGAACGUGUCAAACGGCCUAGAGGCGUACCAAAUACAGCAAUUCGGUAUCCACAACUUGAGAUACGCCUCUACGGCGAUCAACUCUCAUUCCAGCCGUUCGCACAGUAUCUUCACCAUUCAGUUGGUGCAAACCUCGGAUAUCAGCGAUGAUGUACACAUCAGCAGUUUCCAUUUCUGCGAUCUGGCCGGGUCCGAAAGAAUGAAGAAAACGAUGAAUAUGGGAGAUCGGCUGAAGGAGUCCAACAAUAUAAAUACCUCAUUAUUGGUGUUAGGCAGGUGCAUCGAAAACAUAAAAUGUCUGCAACAAUUGAAGGAUAAACGACUUAUCCCAUUCCGAGAAUCCAAACUCACCCAGUUGUUCAAGAGAGCCCUGUUAGGAUAUGAAAACAUAGAAAUGAUUGUAAACAUAAAUCCUUCGAGAGACAUGUUUGAUGAAACUCACCAUGCUCUCAACUUCUCUGCAAUAGCAAAGGAGAUUAUAGUAGAAGAACAGCCCAAGAAAACCCUGAAGAGGAAAAAUAGAUUCUCGGAAAGAAUGGAACAUAAGGAGGAAGUUGACAAUAAAGAAACGGAAAAACUAAAGUACAUGGUCUGUGAAUUGUACAACGAAAUUGAGCAGAUGAAACACGACCACGAAAAGGAAAUAGAAGACGAAAAGACUUACGUAUCAAAUUUGUACAAGAAAUAUUACGAAGAUAAACUGAAAAGGCUGGAAGCUGAAAAGGCUGCAGAAAUCGAAAUGCUGCAUGAAAAGUAUCAGCUUGAAUUAGAGAAAUACACUGACGACAGUGUCAUUAACAUAUCGAGUUCCAGUAACGAGUGCAACUCGCCUUGCACGGACCACAAAGCCGAAAGAAAGUCAUCUAUGAAAAUUCAGAUAGAUAAAUUGAAGGAAGAUGAUUUACUAAUGAAGAACGAAUUGGAAGAAAUGAAGAAGAAAGUGAAAAAAUUUUCGCUGGAAAAUGUCAAGCUGCAAGAGGAAUGCGCAAUGUGGAGGCAGGAGUACAUGGAAAAAGACGCACUCCUGAAAGACGCUCAAUCAUUACAUGCAGACUUGCAGGAAGAACUUGGAGACCUGAAAAAAGAGUUGAAGGCGUUGAGAGCGCAAUAUAUUUCGAUUGUAGAAGAAAAAGAUAGAACAGAUCAGCGACUCACGUUUAUGUAUCAAAACAGCUACAGAGAUUCCUAUGACUCGGAUGAAGAGGGAAAUACCAUUUCUCAUACCCAAAACCAGUCAACGUUCAGCCAGAGUUGCAUCAAGGAUGAAGAUAAGAAAUUUUAUUAAAUCUCUCUAACCUAACUGUGAUAAAUUCCAUUUUUUUACUAGUAUUACGUAUAUUUUUUGUUUUCGUGUUGUAGGUCUUGAGAAAGUUCACAAUGGGCCUUUCCAGUAUAUUAAAAAUCGACCCCGUUUCGCUAUAAUGUCAUGAAGGGAAGUAAAAAACGUUAUCCCUACCAUAUAUUUAUAGAAAAUACCGAACAACAAAUGAAUUAUUUGAUAUUGGAAAUGCACUUUCAAUACCUAUGAAUUCAAAGGCUAUUGAGCUGUGAUGUCAGUGUCUUCUUGCAAUUCAAUUGGUUGGAGUUGUGUCGGCUGGGAAGCACGCCGCUGUUGCCAGGUCUAUAAAAUCCUUGAAUUGAUCCUAUGUGCAAGAUGGUGCAAGGUGCAAGGAAUGUCAUGAU